AUUGGACCAAACAGAGCCUUAGGGCAGCGCUUUACUAACGCAAGUUACCCAUUUAUUUAAUUUACCUUUUCGCUACCUCUACGUUCGGAAAUUCUGAAUACUCCAGAAAAUGGCCGCGCUCUGAAUUUCUCUCGAUCUGCCCUGAUUUCUCGAAAAUUCUCCUCCACCAAGUUCCGUAUCCGAGCGAAUUAUACGAAAAAUGGCAAAAGGCACAAGAGGCAGACGCGGAAUAGCCUCGCGCCAGUGCAGGCCAACGCCGUACCCCGCGAGACCCCACCACAAGAAGCGCGUCCCUCACCACACGAAAUCAGUAAAGAAGGACUGGGAAGACGCCACGUGUUCGGUCUGCAUGGAGUUCCCCCACAACGCCGUCCUCCUCCUCUGCUCGUCCCACGACAAGGGAUGCCGGCCUUACAUGUGCGGCACGAGCUCCCGCUACUCCAACUGCCUCGACCAAUACCACAAAAAGGCCUCUGCCAAGGUGUCAUCAUCAGCAGUCUCGGGACCCACGGAGCUUAUCUGCCCUCUCUGCCGUGGCCAGGUCAAGGGCUGGACUGUGGUGGAGCGCGCUCGAGAGCACCUGAACGCCAAGCGCAGAAGCUGCAUGGUGGACGGGUGCUUGUUCGUGGGGACGUUUAAGGAGCUGAGGAAGCACGUGAGGGCCCAGCACCCGUGCGCGAGGCCAAGGGAAGUGGACCCGGCUAUGGAGCAGAGGUGGAGGAGGUUCGAGAGGGAAAGGGAGAGGGAGGAUGUGAUGAGCACUAUUCGUUCGUCGAACCCUGGGGCGGUUUUUUUCGGGGAUUAUGUGAUUGAAGGGGGGGAUGAUGAUGAGGAUGAGGAUGAGGGAGUUUUUGGGGAGGAUGAUGAUUAUAGGGGUGGUGGGGCAGGGAUUGACCGGAAUUUGAUGUCGGUUUUUUUGUUUCUGCAGGCGUUUGGGUCGGGGGCGAGGCGCGGGAAUGAGUUUGAAGAAUCGGAUAGUGAUGAAGGUGGAGAUGAGUUGGCGGGAAGGAUGUCUCUCUCGUCUUUCCCUAUUCUUUUCAAGGAAAUCAUAUUCCGAAGUGAAUGA